AUGGCCUCAUCACCAACACCAUCACUCCCCUCCCCGGUCCUUGGCUUCGAAACAAGCCACCACGACUCUCCUUCAGGGGGUUACAACAACAUCGAUCCCAACGCCCCCCUCGCGCAAACUCUCUGGUCCCUCCAAGUUCCCCUAUACAUUACCCACGCCUCAGACGGAAGCAAACCCCCCUUUAUUGUCUCCGUCCCCCGCUUCAGCUACCUCGCCUUCCUCUUGCCGCGCCUCACAGCCUACUUCGGCCUUCCCUGCUCCAGCUUUCAUCACGAGGAAGUUCAACUCCGCAACCUGGCUGUUGGGUUGUUAGUUGAUCUUUAUCAGCCGAGUCUGCCAUGGAAGUUGGUCGUAGGGGAUGGACCAGAGUGGGAUAUCGCCGAUACCUUUACCAAUUCGGUGAAGGAGGCGGAUUUUGUGAGGAAUGGGAAUGCGAAGCAGAUCAUGAGCAUGUCAAAGGAGAAUAGUACGGCGCUGUGGAAUGCCGUUUUAGAUAAUGACUACGCCGCCUGGUCACGAAUCCACAGGGGACUACUCAAUACGCCUGAUCCGCUGAAACACGUCCCUAUACGCAUCUAUGUGCCGUCAUCGAGCGAUAGAAAUGAUACGUCAGCUGGUUCGUUCAAAGUAGUCCAGAGGUUGAUCCCGCCUAGGUUACCAAACCUCGGCAUGGCACUCAAGGCAGUUCUCCCCAGUCUCUUCCCUAGCAGUAGGGAUCCUGUCCUGGCUAAUGUCAUACUCCAUGGUGGACCAGUGCCCUUCCGAGCACCGCUGGAAGAAUUGAUGCGUGAGGCGGUCUAUCCUGACGGGUGGCUAUGUUUGCAGAUGAGGAACAACAGCAAUAACUUCACUGAUAGCUUCGAACUUUACUGGACCUCAACUCCCGAGUACGAUGUCAGAGGAUGGGCUCAACACAUGCGCGCGCGCACAAUCCAGUAG